UCUUCCAACUCUGGUGGGAUUUACGCGGACGAGCGGACGGAGACUGUUGAUGGAUCCGCGGCGCAGGGAGCUGUAAGUUGGGCAGUAAAGUGGGAAACUUCCUAUCUGGACCAGGUUUUACAAUUUGAUGGACGUGCUGCGGUGGAGGGGAUCACCUCGGGAAUCAUCACCCGCUGCUGCUGCUGCCGGUCGCCGCUGCGCACCGUGACGCGCCGGGUUGCGCGGAGAGGACCCCCGGCUGCUUCACCCGGAGAGUCCGGGGAGAGAAACAAAACCCCUCAGUGCUUCUUAAAUCUCCUCAACUCUGGAUCUAUCAAUUCAGGCUCGUGUGUGGUUUCAUAUCCCGGAGAUGCCACCUGUGUCUCGCCUCCGUCCUCCUGUGGAUGGGAUCGAGAUGGAUGUGGCGCCGUGAGGAGGCACCUGCUCCCGGAUAAUCACAGUUUGGACAGUUUGUGGCUGCCGGUGCGGCUCUCGGCUCUUCCUCAUGCAGCUCCUCCGGCUGGCCUGGGCUCUGACUGCCGCUUCGGUCUGCAUCCUGCUGCUGCUGCUGCUCCACAACCACAUCCUCAGAGAAGGUCAGCUGGCGGCGGGGACCUGUGAGAUUGUUACUCUGGACAGGGACAGCAGCCAGCCGAGGAGGACCAUCGCACGACAGACAGCCCGCUGCGCCUGUAGGAAGGGACAGAUCGCCGGGACGACACGAGCCAGACCGGCCUGUGUUGAGGUUCGUAUCGUCAGGAGUCGACAGUGGUGUGAGAUGAGUCCUUGUUUGGACGAUGAAGGUUGUGAUCUCCUGGUCAAUCAGUCGGGCUGGACCUGCACGCAACCAGGAGGCCGAGUCAAGACCACCACGGUCUCCUGACAGCAGCGGCAAUGACAGACGCUCCCCAUAUAAGAUUGGGUCCCAUCGUCCAUCACCCAUUGUCCCUGAGUGGAGCAUCGGCUGCUGCUGACGUCCAAUCAUCAGCCACUAGGGCGUCUGCACACGUUGCCACAUUCAUGGGUGAACUGUGGAAACUUCUAGCUGAAGUUCUUUCUGAGGAGCGUGACUCAGUUUAUUUUCCAAGAGAUUUGACCAAUGGAUUGUGGAGAAGCUGCUGGAUCGAUUUCCUCUGUUUGGAACCAAACUCUGUUUCGUUUUACAGGCCAAAGAUGAACAGAGCGACAACAAUAAGACGUUUUAUGGGGAAGGAGACUCUCAGAAAUCUCCGGCAACACAAUCUUCAUGUAAAGAAAUGAUAUAUAAAUGACUGAACUGAGAAAGUAAUAUUGUACACAAGUUGAUAAAAUAUGUAUCUGUGUGAGGAAAGGCUGUUGGUGUUUCUGUUGGCACUGUCCAUCUGCUUAUGUGCAGAACAUCAGGCUGGUGGAGAAGGUAAAAAAUCAUAUCAGGAAUUUUUGUGAUAAGAACAUAUAAAUGUGUGCACUUUUAGCAGAUGCCUGAGGACAUAUUUCACAAUGUCAUUAAAUCUGAGUCAUUAAAUCAGAUCUCUGAGGAACAACGUCCUAACUAGGUGAAUGUACUGUAUAGAAUUUAUGUAAAUCGAGACUGAUAGAAAGUGUUUGGGCCUAGUUUGAUUUUAUUAUCACACGAAAAUUGUUCCAUUUUCCAUAGUUUCCCUAAGGUUUUAUUUAUACAGCUAUGCAUGUCACAAGUCAGCUGACAACCAGUACAGCUUAUGAACAAGCCACUGAUGAAUGUCAUGGUUGAUUUGAUCACAAUAUACAGAGCAUAUAAGAGAUCAAUCAAGCUAUAGCAACAGUUCCUGAACUCAACAAUUACAGAAUUUAUUGCCAUUUAAUGUGGUACAGGUAUCCAUGGUGACUAAAGAGGUGUAAUUAUAUGCACAUCAUGUAUUGGCAUGAGGCUAUUUGAAGCCACAACAUCUUUAAAUGCAUUCAAAUGUAGAGUUAAAGCAAAGAUCAGGCUGCACCUGACUCCAGUUACAGGCAGGGUGCACGUAGGCAGGUCGGUUAGUGACAGACAAGUUAGCCAAUCCUACACGCUGAAGCUUUAUUACUGGUGAAGCUUUUGUUUGUUUAGUGAAGCAGCACCACAUAGUUUAUCACCAACAAAUGAGACUGGCUGACCGACAUACACUUUACAAAUGGUUCAACUUCUCUGGCUGUUCACCACCACCGGAGAUGUAACAUUAAACAAAACAACACAACACCUGUCCCAUUUUAUCUUGGACAAGAAGAGGCCUGGAUGAAACGACCUUUAAAUAUAGCUUAAAUAAAACUAUGCUCAUUCUUUAACACGCUUCUCUUUUUUUUUCUGCUAGUCAGUAAUCUGAAUCGUUAAUGAUAACCCCAACCAAGACUCCUUCAGAAUCGAAAAACAAUUCUUAAUCAAAUCCAGACACCAAGAAUCUGGAUCAAAUCAAACUGUGAGAUUCCCACCCUACAAUCAGCAAAUGUUAGCAUGCCAAUAUGCUGUAUAGCAAACAGUUUACCUGCUUAGCAUUAGCAUGCAAGUACACCUAUGCUUAAACACUGUAGGCUAUCACAGAACACUAGUAUGGCUGUAUUCCAAUUCUUAGUCUUGUGGGUAAUUCAGUGAUGUAAUGUCACCUCUGAUGAGUUCAUACUCUGUAAACAAAAGCAUGCUUUCACAGUGUAGCGCCUCCCAGUGGACAGAUGAUACACACUAUUUCUGUCCUUGAAAUAUUCUUCAAGAUGUUUGAUAUUGGUGUGCAAAGUUUCCACUUCUUAUCAUGAAAACUUCUUCUCCACCAGACCGCAUUAUGCUUUACAUUGUAUUUCAUAUUUUCAUAUUUUCCACAUCAUGCAGUCGGCAUGGCAGGUUAUAAUGAAACAACAAGCAAACCAUCUCACACUUGAAGCCAAGAUGCUGUGUCUGUUUGGGGGGAAGAGGCAUUAAAUGUAUUUUCAAAAGCCUAAAGUUCUAUAUUUAACUAUUUUAUAUGUUGUAUCUUUGUAGAAAACCUUAUUUAACGUUGAUGUUACUGAUUAUACACUGGAUUCACAGCAGUCUGCAGCAGAUGGAGCAUUGUUGCUGCUCAAAGUUCACUUUCUGACAGUUUCUCAGCAGUGAUGGUAGAAAAUGAUAUUAUUCCCCUUUCUGAUAAGUCAGUAUUUUACAAAAUAAACGGUCCCCUGAUUAAACAAGGGUCAUGUUGGAGGAGGAUAAACAUCAGUCAGAUUUUUAAACUUACUAAAUAAUUAAUCAUUUUCAAUAAAGCCAUUAGUUACAAGUUACAAACCAUUUUAUGAGGAGGGGCCACUGAGUUUU